AAUUUUAAAUUUUUCUCUCUUAUCGCGCCUAAUGUCACGUGACCCGAACGAUCGACGCGACGCCUAGCGGAAUGAAAAUGACUCUGAAGGCGGAUUUUUCUCGAAGAGAAAACAAAAAACGACGUAGUUCGAUGGAAGUCAUUGUCUCGGUUACCUCGUUGGAAUUUUAUUUAAGGUUACAUCAUGACCGAUAAAAAUAUUCAAACGGAAUCUCGAAAAAUACGACGAGAUUUCGCAUGUCGGACUAACGAAGAUGAUCACCGAGAAGAAUAUGUACUUUAUUCGAAGAAGAUACAAAGUUCUGGUAAAAAUUGGAUGGAAUUUUUGUGUUCCCGUCCGAUAAGCAAACAUAUAAAAAAUGAGAACGUAAAGAAGAAAUGAAAGAAAAAAAAAAAGAAAGGAAAAGGAUACAAGAUGGACCGUAACAAUAAUUUGGGAAGAAGAAAUUUGUCAGGACUUUCGUGCAUCAUUUUAACCAUUUUUUAAAUAAUAAGAAGGAUCCGAAAGUUCGAAGCAAUCUAUUGGAUUACCAAGCGUUAAAUAUCGGAGCCAAUUACUUCAACGUAUUUCGAAAGUAUACUUAAUACGUGAUUUUACGUAGAAUAAAUUAAGCAAGAAUGCACCUUCGGAAAGCAGAUUCGAGAGUUGGGUUCUACCUGGUUCGCGGAUUUGGGACCACCGUUUGGAGUUAUGUACUGCAUCAAAUGCGAAUGCAUUCCGGUGCAAAAGAAACGACGUAUCAUCGCUAGGGUUCAAUGCCGCAACAUUAAGAAUGAAUGUCCGAAGCCCACCUGCGACGAACCAGUCUUACUUCCGGGAAGAUGCUGCAAAUCGUGUCCCGGUGAUUACAGUACCGACACGGUUCAGGAUCUACCAGCUCAAUUGACGUCGGAGGAAGAGGAACGAAGCUUAAAACAUUUCGGUACGCUGUUAACCGGAAAAACGUCCCAGGCAGUGCGCCGUGAGGACACAGUGCCAACAUCCAAUUAUAACAGCGCCUACAAUUACUUAGCAACCGGCCGUUUCACGUUCCACCGUAAGAAUUUGUAUUAUUCGUUCUACCUAUCAGCUGGGACACCAAGACCAAGGAGUAUACAAUUCAUCGAUGGUUCUGGUAGUAUUUUGGAAGAGCAAACGAUCGAUGCCGCAGGUGGUGUUUAUCAGAAUGCAACGGGAAAAGUGUGCGGUGUUUGGAGACGAGUACCAAGGGAUUAUAGAAAAUUAUUACGCGAAGAACGUCUGCAUGUCUCGUUCAUUUGGGAGCCGUACGCCAGUUUGACAGGACAAUUGUCCCGCUAUCGAGCUCUAUCUACCGAACAAUUUACAUCUUUGCUGGAACCAACUAUGGGCGUUGACAGAUCGCUUAUGUCAGGUGCAGGUGGUACGGCUAUAGUGUCGGCUUCCUCGGCAUCGGCCCCAUCAAUUCACGUUUCUUUAAUUUUCAACGGAGUUUUUCUACCAAAUGAUGUCUCCGAAGUGCCAAUAAUCGUUCAACUCGAACACGUAGAGAAGGAUUAUGUUGUAUUGAGAGAGGAAAUAGUAAUUAAGAAGCCAUCGAACGAAUUGAACUUUGGCGAAGUCCGAAGCGCUUUAUCCGGAGCUGAUUUGCGUCUUUUGACGCGUGGAAAGUUAUCCAUCAGUAUAAUGUCCCGAAGAGAUCCUCAGGCUUUGAGAUUGUCCGGUAUGGUCGGUCCACGUGUCAGCUGUGACAUGUAUCAGACGUUGUUGAUAUCGGAGAGUCCCUCGAGAGCUUCGGGAUUGGCUUGGGCCUUUCUUGAUCGUACUGGUGCCCUGAGAUACGGCGUUAGAUUGAUAGGUUUGGAAGAGGAGAGUCCAUUGGUAACAUUAGUCGACGAGGGUGGGAAACGUCGUACAGAACUCGAAGAUCUUACUCCAUCUUUACGAGAUGGUUUUGCUAAUGGUACACUCGAUCGACCUGGGCCACGUUUCCUCGAGCCAUUGUUCAACGGUGAACUCUCGGUCGUCGCAGCUUCUCAUUUAGGUUCACUUUUACGUGGCCGUCUUCUUCAAAGGCCAGUUGCCGAUGCCAGGGAUACCGCAGCACCGGUUUUAUUGAGAAGACUUACCGACGAUUCCCAAUAUCCAGCGCUUACAGCUUUGAUUUGGACCGCCGUUGAUCUCGAUUGUGCCCUUCAUUAUGAACUCGAAAUAGCUGGAUUGGAACAACCCAAUAUGAGCUCGAACGCCGAUCAAGAACCACGUACUUUCCGUUUGUAUUUGGAAACUAUGCCGCUUCUAGCUCAGGGUGCUCCAGUAGCAAGGAGACUCCUCGAGGAAUUCACAGGAAACGUUCUCGAGGGAUCCGUCACUGGACUCUCACCUGUAGAAUUAUACAGGAUCGAGUCUGGCAUUGGCUUUCUCGAAGUGACGGACAAACAAGCGGGCAGUUUACUGAAGGCACCAUUUAAGGCCAGGGCACCUCUCAGUUGUCUGCCCCAUUACGCCGACAACGACGUUGCCUCGGUCGUUGCUUACAAUCUUCAUCCGCCAAGAUCGGAAAUCGAAACUGGCGCUUGUUUUCAUGAGACCAGAUUCUACGAGGAGGGUACUCAAUGGACAUCCGCCAACGAUCCGUGCUCCAUGUGUCACUGUUAUCGUGGAUUGGCUCAAUGCGAUCCGGUACCUUGUCCAGUCCUUGCCUGUUCUCAGGGCAAACAGCUUAAACCAGCGGCAGGGCAUUGCUGUCCUAUCUGCUCGGUUACAGCGACGAAUGGUACUACUACUACCAUUACUACUACCACUAUCACGGGCAAGAGCAACGUCACUUACGUAGGAAGAAGUUGCAUAUUAGCUGGUCAAUAUCAUCCAGCUGGAGCGUCAUGGCAUCCUUAUCUACCACCGGUUGGAUUCGACACUUGUGCCGUUUGCACCUGCGACGCUGUCACGUUGGAGGUGAAAUGCCCGAGAGUGCAGUGUCCGCCAUUGGAUUGCGACGAGAAGAUCGCCUUUAGGCCUGACAAAAAGGCAUGCUGUAGGCAAUGUCCUAGCACGACACCAAGUUCGGCCAACGGAUUGAACGGCAAUUCGGAUGGUAUGAGUUUGCCACGCGAUCAGGCGGCACCCUCGACCCGUCGUUCACCCGAAGAAAUUUUAGCAACUGGUGGUUGCAAGUAUCCUCUUGGUGGGCCAUACGAGAACGGCAUGGAAUGGCAUCCAAGAGUUCACUCUCAUGGGGAAAUGAAAUGCGUUAAGUGUCGAUGCAAGAAUGCCGAGGUCAGGUGCGAAAGGAAACGCUGUCCAAGAUCUCUCUGCAAUUCGAUAGCGCAUCAGAUAAAACGUGGCGACUACACCAUGGCAGACGCCGACGAUUGUUGUACGGCACAAUGCCGUCGUUCGAGACGUCAUCAUCAUCGUAACAACAAUCAUCAUCCCCCGAGGCAUUCGGUCUCCCCAAGAGAAUUGAGCUGAGUACUGCGAGAGGACAGAAUCUUCUUUUCUUCAAAUCAGGGGUGGGAGGCGAGGGGGUGGAGGAAGAAGCGAGUUCUUUUUUUCUUUCUUUCUUUUUCUUUUUUUUUUUUUCUCUCUUUUCUUUUCUGUUUUUUUUUCUCCUCGAUAAAAGAAAAAGAAAAGCCGAUUGACUCGUUUGUGUUUCUUGUUGCUCUUAUACAGAGAAAGAACUAUUAUUAUUCUACUUUUGCCACAGCACUGUUACGUAUAAUAUUUUUAAUGUUUAACAUACAUAUAUAUAUAUAUAUACUCAUAUACAUAUAUGUAUAUAUAUAUAUGUCCUAAUCCUCGUUAACCGAGGACCAAUCUAAUGGAAUUCGGAAAAGUAGAGAACGAGGAAAGGGGAAAAUGGGUAUAGGGUCGAGUAUAUCGAUUCUUACUGGGUAUUCAACACGAUGGGAAUGAAUGGAGAGAGAAAAGUUCAUGAACACCCAACGAAAGAAAAAGCGAGGAGACUCUCUCUUUCUCUGUCUCUAUCUAUCUCUCUCUCUUUCUGUCUCUCCCUUUCUCUCUCUCUCUCUCUCUCUCUCUCUUUCUCUCUCUCUCUCUCUCUCUCUCUCUAUCUCUCUCGUGGUCUUCGUUCUGGCAAUCGUUCAUACGUCGAACCGGACCCCAUGGCACCCAGAAGCCCGCAGCCAGACGUUUUAUUAAUCAAUUGGCUCUCAUCAAGAGAUAAACGAAACGGAAGCUAAACUGCUCUCUAUUUACGAGCUACUAUAUGGUACGGCAACUUUUCGAACAAAAAAAAAAAAAAAAAAAAAAAAGAAAUGAAGGAAUAAAAAUUAAAGGGGGAGAAAAAAAAA